GAACAUUUCCGAAAUCGAUGUGCUAGUCCUUUAUCUCAGCUUGUACCAUAUUUCGCUGAUUUCAUAGUGCUUUAUUCAGUCAUUAUUUAUGGAUGCCAUGCUACACAAACAGACGAUAAUCGCCUUAUCCCUGAGCCGGUCGCCAAAUCUGACCAUAAUGGCUAAUAACGGUUCAUACAGCAAUGACCGUCCAGCAGGGGCUGGAGACAUUGAUUAUGGUUCAGACCCCGCUUCGGGUGGAUUUUUCUUCUCAGACUCAAAAAAGCAUCAUGACUUAAAGCAGAUGCUAGACACCAACAAAGAUGGCUUGAAACUGGAAGCAAUGAAGAGGAUCAUUGGGAUGGUUGCCAGGGGCAGAGAUGCAUCCGAGCUGUUUCCGGCUGUCGUUAAAAAUGUCGUCUCGAAGAAUAUCGAAGUCAAGAAGCUUGUCUAUGUCUAUCUUGUCCGAUAUGCUGAGGAGCAGCAGGAUCUUGCCCUCCUUUCAAUCUCAACAUUUCAAAGAGCUUUAAAAGAUCCAAAUCAAUUAAUCAGGGCAAGUGCUUUGAGGGUCCUUUCUAGUAUUCGAGUACCUGUUAUUGUGCCUAUUGUGCUACUUGCGAUUAAGGACUCAGCCAUGGAUAUGUCUCCUUAUGUUAGGAAAACUGCAGCCCAUGCCAUACCAAAACUUUUUAGCUUAGAUCCUGAACAAAAGGAAGAAUUGGUCAUAGUCAUUGAAAAACUUUUGUCAGAUAAAACAACCCUUGUUGUCGGAUCUGCUGUUAUGGCAUUUGAAGAAGUAUGUCCAGAAAAAAUUUGUCUAAUACACAAAAAUUAUCGGAAGCUGUGCAAUCUACUUGUUGACGUUGACGAAUGGGGGCAGGUCAUCAUUAUAAACAUGCUUACAAGAUAUGCCAGGACUCAGUUUGUCGAUCCAAAUAAGGAUAUUAAUAUAAAUGAAAAAGAAGUGGAAAGACCUUUUUAUGAUGACGAUGUAGAUAAUGAAGAUGUGAAAAACAACAAACCAACAUUUGUCGCAGACCCAGAUUAUAGACUUCUACUGAAGAAUGCUAAACCUCUUUUACAAAGUCGAAAUGCAUCAGUUGUGAUGGCUGUAGCUCAACUCUUUCACCACUUGGCACCCCGAACAGAAGUUUCUGUCAUUGCCAAGUCCUUAGUGAGGCUGCUCAGGUCUUACAGGGAAGUUCAAUCAAUUGUACUUAAUUGCAUCGCAUCCAUUUCGAUUCAAAGAAAGGGGAUGUUCGAACCGUAUUUGAAAAGUUUUUUUGUAAGAACAUCUGACCCAACGCACAUAAAAUUACUUAAACUGGAAAUAUUAACAAAUCUUGCAACGGAGACGAGCAUAUCUGUAAUUUUAAGAGAGUUCCAAACUUACAUUUCAAGCCCUGACAAGGAAUUCGUAGCAGCUGCUAUUCAAGCUAUUGGAAGAUGUGCUUCCAACAUCAAAGAAGUUACUGACUGCUGUCUAAACGGGCUUGUUACAAUGCUAUCAAAUAGAGAUGAGGCUGUUGUUGCUGAGAGUGUUGUUGUGAUAAAGAAGCUUUUACAAUCUCAGCCAUCGAGACAUCGAGAUAUAAUAAGGUCUAUGGCGAAGCUAAUGGACACGAUUACAGUGCCAGCAGCCAGGGCGUCCAUCUUGUGGCUGCUUGGAGAGUACUCUGAGCUCGUUCCAACUAUUGCACCUGAUGUUCUUCGAAAAAUGGCUAAAUCGUUCAUCAAUGAAGAAGAUAUCGUAAAACUGCAAGUACUUAAUUUGGCAAUAAAACUUUUCUUAACAAACCCGGAACAAACAAAACUUCUCUGCCAGUAUGUGUUCAGUCUGGCGCGUUAUGAUCAAAAUUAUGAUAUUAGGGAUAGAUCUAGAUUUCUUCGGCAGUUCAUAUUUCCAACUAACACUGAGAACAAUCUGUCAUCUUAUUCUUCUAAAUUCUUCCUCGCUUCUAAGCCUGCACCAUUGCUCCAGUCAAAAUUCAAAGAUAGAGAAAACUACCAAAUGGGUUCAUUGACACACUAUAUAAACAUGAGAGCUGCAGGUUAUCACGAUCUACCUGAUUUUCCUGAUACGGCACCUGACCCAGCACCACGGAAUGUCGCCGAACCCAUCCAGCCAUCGCCUCCUCCUCUUGAUGUGCCUCGUAACAAAAAACAGUCCAAGUCCAAAUCAUUUUAUUCGGAUUCAGACAGUUCGCAAGUUGACGAAGAUUCUGAUUCUUCAGCUGAGAGUGAUGAGGAUGAUGAUGACGACGACGAUGAUAACAAGGACAGCUCUAGUGAUGAUAGCAGUGAUGGAGAUUCGGAAUCUGAUUCAUCAGAGUCAUCUCCACAGCCUAUUAAAAAUUUGAAGAAUCAAGAGCCAGUGCAAUUUAGUAAUAACAAUGGGGAAAGUGAGUCUGAGAGUGACAGUUCAGAAAUGAGUUCCAGCGAUGAUUCUGAUUCUGAUUCUUCAGAUGAUGAGAUGAAAACAAAAUUGACGAGUAAUGUUUCUAAUAAUGUAGAAACCAAAGGGAAAUCAAACCUAGAUCUUCUCCUUGACUUAGAUGACGGUAAUGUGGUCCCAAAUAUUCCAGUAUUGACUCCUUCCUUUGGAGGCUUUCUCAGCCCAUUGGCCCCUGCACCCACAUCAGUGAACAUCAAUUCUGUACAGCCAGUUGGGCCUACUGUUAUCCCAUCAAAGAGGUACGAGCUUUUAAACAAGAUAACCGGUAGAGGGUUGAGUAUUGAGGGCCGGUUUACAAGGCAGCCCCAUCUAUUUUCUGGGAAAAUGGUUUCAAUCGAGUUGAAGUUCAACAACAACACAACUGAAACUCUGGAGGACAUAAAAGUUUCAUCAACGAAUUUAUCCCCAGGAAUGCAAAUGCACAAAUUUGCACCAAUAAACACAUUGCCUCCUCAGGCCGUCUCCAUCGGUACCAUAGGUGUAGAUUGGAAUGAUUCGACACAACCUGUUUCAUUUGAAGUUUCUUGGAAUGACGGCAAGGCUCAUAUUUCUUUGAAGCCCCCUAUCGGCGAGCUGAUCCGAAGUGUCAGGAUUUCACACAAGAUGUUUUUAGACGAGCAAGCUAAACUGAAAGGGAUGAAUGAACACCAAGAAAAAGUUCCUACGACCAAAGAAAUCUCCAAUAUUAGCAAUGAAGUCUGCAAAGUGGCAAAUAUGUCUCUUCUGCCAUCCGUCGAACCUGAUAUCUAUAGGUUUGCUGGUGAAACGAUGGCUUCAAAAUCUCUUAUCUUGGCAUCUUUAAAAGUUAUUCCAAACUCUAUUCAAAUUACUGUCAACUGUGAAAAACUGGUAGUUGGGUCGAUGUUACUCACAGAACUGAAAAGCUUGGUUUUGUCCCACCAAUAGUUCUAAGGACAAAGAAUUUAUCUGCUGAUUCUGCCAUCUCCGUUGUUAUAUUUUAUUAAUAUAUUUUAUUAUAAUAAAAAUGAGUAUAUAUUU